AGAACCUCUGUUCUUCAACAAACAAAUAGCUUUGAYGCAAACACUACAGAGCUCACUGCACACUCUUGACUGAAAUGUAGGGUGGAGACUAAGAACACUCUGAGAAGAUCUGAUCAUAUUUCUUAGAUCCAACAAAAACACGGUAAAAAAAAAAAAAAGGAGCAGCUUGAUGGAGGCAAACCGAAACAAUCCAAAGCUCAGCACAGAAGGAGAGGCUGCACAAGUGUCCCAGCUGCUGGAGAUCAUUAAUACGGACACCCUCAAUGCUCCUGAGGGGACGGAGGAGCUGGAGGUUAGAGACGUUUGGUCAGUGGAGAUGGGAGACGACUCUGUGUUCUACAGUGACGAAGAGCAUCAGGACAGAGGUGGUUUCAGAGCCGAGCGCAGACAAUCUUGUCAACAGUGUGGCAGAUUAUGAAACUGACCAACAGAAGGAGAACGAUCCAAGGGAAGAACGCUUUAAUUACAGAGAGAACUGGGAGAGGGAAGUCAUUUGGACUGAAGAAGCAAACACAAAGCUCCAGACUAAAAUAACAAACGUAGCCGACACUGGAAAAUCAGUGGCAGAGUCGGAUGCGAGUCCUGAAAGGUUUGGGAGAACUUGUGAAGAGCUUCUGUCACCAGACUUUACAGCUUUUAAUAAGCAAACAUGUGGACUAAAUGAUUCAACAGCUAAAGCGAAUCACCAAAUCAGAGAAGAAGGCAUGGUAGAAGGCAGAAGAUCGCACCCAAAUCUGUUUGAAGAGAGUUGCACAAAGAUGGAAGAAAAUACAGAUCCUGUAACACAAGAGCUUUCUGUUGAACUCCAGAAAUCAAACAAGCAGUUUGAGAAAGACCUGGAAGCCAAGUGCAGCUUUCCGGUAAAUGCUGAGCAUCCUCAAGAUCCAGACCAAGAUCACUCGGCCUCGGAUGAGUCGAGCAAAUCUGCCUGCAGCGCCUUCAACCACCUCUCCUCCAAAUACAGCACAGUGUCGUACCGCAGGAUCCUGAGAGGCAACACCCGGCAGAGGAUAGAAGAGUUCGAGGUUCUGUUAAAGAAUCAGUGAGGAGCUUUUCAAACACAUGAAGUGUGCCUUAAAGAGCUUCUGAACAACUUAAGUUUGGAUAAAUAUAGGUCUCGUUUAACCAAAUUGAUAACUGCUAGUCAAGACCAAAAUACCUUUCUGCUGUCCUAAAACAGGUAUAAUAGCAAACAUUUUAUAGACGUUUGUGUGAACAGUAUUUUAUAAACCUUUAUAUUGCUGUAAAUUUUGCAUUACCUGGCUAAUUGAUUUUC